AUGGCCCAUUCGUCUCUUGAGCAUGACGUUCUACUAGACGAUGUCCCCAUAUCAGUCGGGCAUGCUGUUGAGAAGGCCGAAUUCACUGUUCUGACAGAGAAGGGACGCCUAGAGUGCACCAUUGACGAUUUGGUGAAAUACGGGGCACGGUUCGUGUCAUUUUUUAAUGAGUGUACGGAUACAUUUGCUGGUCUCACGCGCCUCUACCUGGCGAAUUUGAGAUUCACUGAAUCGGACUUCGUCUCCAGCAUCCUCGUCACUUGCAAGCGAUUAAAAUAUUUAGGUUUUCUCAAUUGCGACAUAGAGAGUUGGAUAGCGUUCCAAAUUGAACACGCGGAACUCAGUGAGCUCAGUAUUGUCAAUUGCCGUUUUGACGUGGUCAAACUUGACUGGGUUCCGAAGCUCACUUGGUUGGUGUUUGAGUGUUGGAUGUCUUUCAAAGAACCACCACUGUCAUUUGGCUAUGUCCCAUUGCUCGAUGUCCUGUGUGUUUCAAAUGUUGCUCUUGGUUGGCAUGAAAUGAUCGAGUUAAGUACAUUUCUUCAUGAGACCUCUGUUCGAGACCUGACGUUGGGGUUUAAAUACGAAAAGAUUUGGGUUCAACCAGAGUGUCUGACCAGAUGGCUGGCAUCUGUGUUUCACCAACUAAGGAUUGUCAAUCUUGUUGACAUUCCUGAAGGGUAUGAUCUCACCUGGACAAUGUUUAUUCUGGAAGCGGCGCCGUCCCUGGAGGAGUUCUACAUGACGGUGUGUUCUUACUGA